AUGGGGAAGAGAGUGUCUCGUCCGCCCGCUACGAAAACUUCCUCCGCCGCGGUAUCUGGCGGAGCCAACGUGGGGAAUAAGACUUCGAUCUUACGGGCGUCGUUUGCGCCGUCGGACUAUCAAUUAGCGCUUUUUGCCUCGGUAAUUCAGGGCCUGGAGGGUCAGCAUAUUCGAAUUCACGACACGAAUACCGGCCGACUACAGUGUGAGCACGUCUUGGGCCCUCGGGAGACGGUGACUUCUCUGGACUGGGGUUACUAUCAGAGCAAGCCAAAGGAACAGCCCAAGAAAAAGAGAAAGCGCCACUCCGGUGUCAAUGGAGGCGCCGAUGGAUUCGAGCAGGGAGAUGUAGUCGUUGCGUUCGGCACGAGCGCCUCUGACAUCCGGCUUUACUCCCCGACAGAGGACAAGAUCGUGGGAACUCUAUCGGGCGGACAUGAAAAGGGAGUCAAGGAUUUCAAGUUCACCUCCAGCCGACCCGGCCAGGAGGGAUGGAGUAUCGGCGGGGACAACAAACUCGUGCAGUGGGAUCUGCGUACCGGGAAGCCUUCGAAAACAAUUCCUAUGCCUUCAUCGUCGGUGCUCUCCGGUCUUUCGCGCCCCCUCCCUUCGAACCCUCCCGUUAUCUGUGCAUCAGAGAAGCCGUACAUCGUCGACGUGGAGAAUGACGUGCCUCCUACUUCGUUCUCGGACAUGCGCAACCCCAUUCAAACAAUCCUCACAUCCUCUACAGAGUCCGCAGCGGCAGGACUGUUCCUCGCCUCUGAUAACGACCGGUUCCUCAACAUCUAUGAUCCCCAGAGCCAGAAACUCCUCAUGAACCUGGUCGCUGAGAACGAAGUGUCCUCGCUAUCCCUAUAUACCGCCGCAGACAAGAAAUCGGCCGAUGUGUCCAUCGAGAAGCAAGUUUUGGCUGUUGUGACCGAGGAUGGCACAAUUGAACUUUUCACGAGACCAUUCGUGAAGCCCGCCGAGCCGCAGGGCUCAAAGGCUUCCAGCUUGAAGGCGAAGCGCCAGCUUGCCACGAAGCGGGCCGAGUCUUCCAUCAAGCUCGUUCGUUCCGAAGGCUCGAAUGCGAUUGCAUCCGUGGUCAAUGUGCAAUUCCAGGGCUCCGACCUGAUUGUCGCCUUUGCCGAAGGAGGCUCCAUUCCCGUUUUCGAGCGGAUCAAGUGGCUUAACGAGGAGACGAAUGAACUGGCAUUUACCGGCACGAAGACGAUCGUGAAGACCCAAUCCGCCCAUAUCCUUGGAUCGGCGACUACUAACGGAGCCAAGAACGCCGGCGAGAUCCAGGUCGACGAGACCAAGGCGGGUGUGGAAUCAGGAGCUUUUGCGGAGGACGACGUGGAAAUGGAAGAAUCUAAGCAGGAUGCCGCCUCUAUUGCCGACAGCGAGGAGGAAGAUUCGGAUGAUGAUGACCAGCAGCCCGAGCAAUCCACGGAGAAGGCUGUCCAGAAACACAAAGAUGCGGCCGACAGCGACGUUGAUAUGGACAAUGCCCCCGGAUCGGACCAGGAGAACGAGGAGGAGGAAGAAACCGGCGAGCCCUCCUUCGGCGAGCUUAUGCGGGCCCACACCGCAGGAGAAAUCGACGUUGAAGCCGAGCUGGAGGAUGGAGUCCGCAUUGGCUCUCUCGUCCCGGGCAAGCCCAGCGCCGCCGUUCAGCCAGUUCCCACGGGAGUCUCGCUGUCCACCGUCCUGACGCAGUCUCUUAAAACCAACGACAAUGCCAUGCUGGAGUCCUGCUUCCACACCGGCGACACUUCUAUUAUCCGAACCACCAUCCAGCGACUCGAGUCGUCCCUUGCCGCCACCCUCCUUCAGAAACUGGCGGAGCGCAUUUCCUCCCGCCCCGGCCGAUACGGACAUUUGUUGGUGUGGGUGCAAUGGACGUGCGUUGCCCACGGAGGCGCUCUCGCCGGCAAACCGGAGCUUCUGAAGCGGAUGUCGACCCUUUUCAAGGUCAUGGACCAGCGCUCUUCCAGCCUGCCCUCGUUGCUCUUGCUCAAGGGCAAACUUGACAUGCUGGAUGCGCAGUUGGGACUGAGAAAGUCCAUCCGCAGCGGAGCCGAAGACAUGGACAGCGAAGACGAGGAUAACAUCAUCUACGUCGAGGGACAGGAAGAAGAGGAGGAGGACAGCGACGCCGAGAACAAGGCCAACGCCACGCCGCGGACCAAGUUGAUCCGCGACCAGACGUUCGACGAGGACGAAUCGAUGGUGAACGGCGUGCACUCGGGCAUUGACGAUUCGGACAACGAGGAAGAUGAGGAGGAAGAAGACGAGGACGAGAACGUGCUGGAUGUCGAGGCCGAAGAAUCCGCCGGAUCUUCGGAUGCCGAGGAGUCGCCUGAUGAGGACGAGGAGGACGACGAAGAUGCGGAGAGUGCGGGAUCGAUGGCAGACUUUAUCGCCGACACCGAGGAUGAGGCGUCGGACGACGAGGGAGCCGCCGUAUCUCAACAACCGCCGUCCAAGAAGGCCAAGUUCGGCGGAGGAAAGGGGAAGAACAAGGCCAGGUAA